GUCGCCAUUUUUAUUUGAAAAAAAUUUAAAUAAUUUUUAUUGAUCGGAAUAUAUGUUUCAACGAAUAAAAACUCAAUUAUAAAGGCUAUUUUUAUAAAGAAAUCUUUUUAUUCAAUCCUUGUAUAUUCCAAAAAAUAUUCAUUAUUAUUACGAUACUUAAUUUAUCACAGGGAUACAAGGGAACAUUUUAUAUUCCUAAACCUGCAUUAAUUCAUCCAAUAAAAAGUAUUUUUUGCUCAAAUAGAUCUUAACAAUUUGAAAGUGAUUAAAAAAUCAAAGCAACGAUUCAACUGGAUCUUCCAUCUAUGUCAUCCAAAUUCACCAAUUAAAAUACUUAAAAAGGUGAUAAUUCCUUCAAUAUCAUCACUACUCAUAGUAUCUAUCUUUACAUAACCCAUCAUGGAUAUAUUUAAUAUAAUAUUUUCUCUAUCAGGGAUUACAUUUAUUUUUAUAAAAAAAUAAAAAAAAAUUAAACUAUCAUAAAAGCACAACUAUACGCUCAAUUUUAUAUCAUCUUAUUAAUGUAAAAUAUUUAAUUUUGUGGAUCAGAAAAUAGACUAAUCCUCAUAUAUUUACUGUGAAAUCACUAGAUUCCAUUUUAUAUUGCAAAAUAAUAUUUUCCCAAAUAAACUGCCUUUAUCAAAAAAUUGUCAAUAUCUAAUCAAAUUAAUCAUUUUAUUUGGAUACUAAAAAAUGCUAUCAAAAUUACUCACUUAUUUAUUAACUACUUUAUAUAUGGUCACACAAACAUUACUCGAAUCAUUCAAACCAUUAUAUUCACUAAUCAGAAAAUAAAAAUUUAAAUGUGGCCCUGUUCUUCAUCUGCAUUGCUGCAGCAAAGGCAGUCAUCUCAUAAUUACAAUAAUUUUAGCAGUCACCAACAUUCUACAAACAAUAGUGGAAUCAUAGGUGGCAAUCCUGGAAUUGCACAAAGGUCAGGUUUCAAUCAUUAUGAACCCAACUUAAACUUGAAUUACCCAAAUAAUUACAAUCCUAACAAUCAUCGCUUUAUCCCAUCAUCUACUCACUCAGGUAAUAACCACCCCUUAUCGUCAAACCCAGCUUAUUUAGGACUGAAUAGCUAUGAAGGAGGUACCAAGUUUCAAUCUGGGAACACUGGAUUUUACCCACCUAACCAGCCCAAUUUCAGUAACAGUGCUGUCCACUUUCAUCAAUCCUCUUAUAACAAUGUAAACCACAAUGCAAGUUUGAACAAGGAAACCUCUGCUGCCACUGCUUGGGCAUAUAACACAAAUGCAUCUGCACAGCCUAUAGAACCAUAUAAUAUCAAUAACUCGCUAAACUCUGGAGGGGCUUGGGGUACCAAAAGGGUAUCAGCAACAGGUGGGAUCAAGCCUACUUAUUACCCACCUGGUAAUGAACGAGCUCCUUCAUCUUUGCAACACCAUAAUCAAAAUCAUUAUGGUAGCAGCAAUGUCAAUUCUAGUAUUCCAUCCAACAGGGAUAACAUAUGGACCAACAGUACUAACACUAACUCAAGUUAUUAUAACCAACUAUCAGACAAUAAUAAUACUAAUAAUGCUAUUGUGAACAACAAUAAUUUUGAAAUUGGAGAUGAUUUUAAUAUCAAUGGACUCCCCAACAAAAAUGGUAUUGAGAGAUCCUCUAACCUAUUUGACAAGGAAUGGAUGAAUGGAGCCCAGCAGCAAUCCAAUAUGAAUAAUACUCAUCAAAGUGCCCCCAAAGCCAAAUCAACUAAUGAGUUAGGUGGGAUCAGCUAUCCUAACACUUUAAAUUCCCUCUUUCCACCUUACAAUAAUACAAAUUAUAAUUCCAGUUCUGAUUCGAGAGAACCUACUCAUGAUUACACCUCAAACUUAUUGGAUAAUAAAAAUAGGCUUGAAGACAAUCACCUAAUCAAUAGUAGCAUAUACCAACAGAAACUUUCUAAUUCAAAUAAUUCAUCCUCUCUCUUUUCUCAUUUCCCUCCAACCUUCUCAAAUGAAAACAAUAAGCUAAUUUCUUCUGAACAUCAACCACCACCUGAUUUUGAUAAUAUAGCUAACAAGGACUUGACAGGCACCUCUGUUUGGGCCUCCAAUACCAAAGAACAAAUGAAUAAUGAUUCGGAUUUUGGGGAUGGCUUCACUCGGUUUUCAGGCUCAACCCCAGAUAGUUCAAACCAUUUAGGCAGUGGGGCUGAUAACAAUGAUAAGGCCAAUAUAAACAACAUCCUAAACAGUAAUAACCAGGUGAUGAGCAGUGAAGACGAAUUGAUAUCUAGAUAUGUCAACGCUCCUACAGGGUGGGGCAAAGUGCCUAUCAAGCAGGAUUCUGCUUGGGAUAGAAAUGAUAGAGUCACCCCAGAUCCCUCUGAUCCUAAUACACUGGGUACCCACUUAUGGAAAUCUCAAAAUAGUUUAAAUAGUGGCAAUUCUAGUGUCAAUACUAAGCCAUUGUUGUCAGGUGGUGGCAAUAAUAACAUGAGCAGUGCAGAUUUUUAUUCUUCCAGCAAUCAUUUGCAAUUGCAGGGACAUAACAUCCCAUAUAAUUCAGGGAAUAAUAAAGAUACAGAGGGCCUGUCUAGUCUAUCCUCCCCUCUCUCGGCUACUUCUUCCAAUUACUGGAAUUGGAAAAAAGAAGAUGAACCCUCUAACCACUACAAUAAACAACCUAGGGAAGGAGGUUUUUCCAAUUAUGCCAAUGACGAAAAUUCCAUGACCCCUUUGCCCAACUUGGACUCUAGCAAAACUAAUAUUGGAUGGCAAUCCAACAACAAUAACUCAAUUCAUUUGAAUGGCAAUAACAACCCCAACUUUAAUAACCAAAUCAAAAAUUUCAACAAUUCCACUGAGCCUUCCUCUGCAUUCCCCCAAAGACCUUUUAAAGGUUUAUAUGCUACUUCUAAUCAAGCCAGCCAAAAAUUUGGAGGUCAACAGAUCGAAUCCUCUCUCAACCAUCUAGAUAAUGGUAAUGGCAAUAAUAAUUUGGAUGAGGACGAUAAUGAAGGGGGUAUAGGUGUGUGGAAAAGCGUGGAGGCAGCUAAACAGGAAACCUCCAUGUACUGGAACCCAAACCUUAUCAACAACAUGCAAAGUGGUGAAUCACUCAGUGUAUUAGACACCUUACCACCACCCCAUUUGAAUUCUUUUAAUGCUAACAAUCAUUCUUUCCCUUUUUCUAACUUGACUACCCAUACUAAUUCCAGUCUGAGCUCUUCUAAUUUAAAUAAUAAUGAAAUUAAGAAUAAUAACCACAGAUUCAACUCAUUAUCAGAUGAGUCUGAGAUGAAUGCUAUCCAUAAUCGGAAUAUGAGUAUGACUGGUUGGGGAGACGAUAGCCGAAACAAUCAAUCUACUACUAUCCCUUAUGACAAAUUCAGAAAUCCAUCCUUAAAUCCCUUGAUGAAUAAUUUUGGGAAUUUACAAGACGAUCUCUCAAAGGCACAUUUUUUUCCCCAAAAUAACAAUCCCCACUUAGCACUUCAAAAUAACGGUAACCCAGAUCAAAAUAAUCUGAUUAGCCCUCGAAAUUCUGACAGCAGUAUGUCGAUUCCUCCAAAAAAUCUUACCAAUAAUAACAAUGAUAUUGACGAUGGGACAGCCAUAUGGGCCAUGAAUACAGGUUCAAAUAAUCCAUCGAAUACUAAUAUGUCGGUAUUUGGGGAGGAAACCGGUUUCGGAAUUUGUGAUGGUGUUAAUAAUCAGGAUAGUAGCAAUUACAAUUCCUACCAUGCUGGCAUGAAUAACAAAUUUAAAGCAUUUACUUCCACCCCUAUGAACAAACAAUUCAAUAGCUCAGUUCCAAUUAAUAACGGUGGUGGAUCUACCAAAUUACUAGAAGGCCAAAAAUUACUUCAAGAAAGGGGUAUGAGCAAUGAAAAAUUAGACUUUCUGGGAUUCAUGCAACAAAAAGAAGAAAUGGAUAAUUUCAUGUCUUCGGCUCAUUCACUGUUACCCAAAGAAGCCUUAGAUUUAUUGACUCAAAAUGGACUCUUGGAGGAAUAUUACACUGAAAGCCUUAAAUCUUCCAAUGACCAUAACAUUAAUAAUGAACAAAACAACUUGAAUACCUCUAUCAUCAAAAUGCUCAACCAAUAUAAACUUAAAAAUAUUACUGGAAACACAAACCCUAAAUCGCAUAAUAGCACUAAUGGCAAUAAUAACCUAAAUUCUUCCAACCUUACUCAAGACAAAUUUAGUUCGUUUAAUGCUAAUAACGCCCUUAGAAAUGCCAAUAAACAAUAUCCCGGUGCGACAAACAAUUCUUUAACACAAUCUCUUUACCUCAAUAAUACCACAAUUUCUAGUCUCAAUAACUCUUCAACUACCAGUAUUAAUUAUCCUUCCAAAAACUUGCAAUCAUCAAAUUUAUUAGAAAAUAGUGAGGGAGGUCUUAGCGAAGGCAGUCCCAAUAUAGGUGGUGUAGGAUUUGGAGGAGAAAAUUUGAUAAACCAACAGUUAGAUCAACUCAAUAUGGCCAUAAGUUCAGGUCUCAUAGAUCCGGCAAUACUGAACCUUAAGCUCUCGCCACAUAUCUUGCUCAUGUUAACACAGUUGCUGAAUUUGCACAAGAAUUCACAGUCCAUCAUGAAUUCUCAAAAAAUGCUGGCCGGGAAAAUUAAAAGUCUAGGUGUUAUGGGCAGCAGCAAUAAUGGGAACUUUAAACAGCAUGCUGAUAUAUUGUCACUUAAGUUGGAACAAGUCAAUCAACAAAUAACUCAACUUCAAAACGCUAUUUCAGUAGCCGUUAAUGAGCAUGUGACCUCUACCCCUGUCGUUGUUUCCAAAAAUGCCGAAAACUCUGUCAAGGAAGGAGGCAUUGGACAAGAUAAUAGUUUAGACUUAGUCUCAAACAACAAUAUGAACCCCUUAUCACCAACCUACCACCAAAAAUCUAGGCUAACUCAAUGGAAAUUGCCUUCCCCACCAGAAAAAGUUAUCAAUGGAGGUGAAAAUAAUGGCGAUGAUGAACAAGUUGAUUCCAUUUCUUUAACAACUCGCUCACAUUCGACGGGUUUUGUUGAUAGCUCAGCCGCCGAAGUGCUCAAAAUAGCCGAGUUCCGACCUGGCAAACCUUGGUCCGGUUUUAAACCGGAUAUCGAAAAUGACCCUUAUAUUACGCCUGGUAUAUUGGCUGCAAAUAAUAGGAAUACCAUCAGCCAUUUGACAGCUAUGAAGGAUCUCCACACAGACAUAACAGGUGAUAAUGCAAAUAUUAACAACACCAUUACCCAAGAAACUAUUGAUAACAUUAACGCAUCUUCCUCUCUCGAUGCUACUUUAGUUGGUUUCAAUCACCUGAACGUUGGAGCUAAUUACGAUUCUGGUUCUAAUCCUCAAUUUUUCCCUUACCACCAAUCCUUAAAUCUUAACCAAAACAUCAACUUAAACAACAAUCAAGGUUCCAACUACAUCAAUCCAAAUUACAAACUAAACGGAAACAAUAAGCACCUAUCUAAUACCACCAAAAAUUUUAGCAGUUCUGCCAGCAGCUUCAACCUAAAUAAUUCAACAUUUCCAAACAACACUGGUGGCAACAAAAAUUUCUCUAGCAUAAAUAAUACUUUGAACCUGAAUAUGAACAACAUGAUGAAUCUUCCCAAUAUUUCAAACAAUGUGUUUGCUAAUAGUGCUGCCGCCAAUAUUGGCUGGAGGUCCAACACUAUCUCGGUCAACGAUUUGGGAAUCAAUAAGCAACAAUUCGGAGAUAAGCCAACAUGGUUGGUUCUUAAAAAUCUAACUUCUCAAGUGGAAGCUACUACAUUAAAAACUCUAUGUUCUCAGCAUGGCAUUGUCAAAAAAUUUUAUCUUAAUAAAGUAGCUGGUGAAGCGCUUGUCCUCUAUUCUUCUCACCUUCAGGCUGAUAAGGCCCGCAAGGUUUUUGAUUCACUCGUCCUUUGGAACGCUCCCAUAAAGGCUAAUGUGGUUACGAACGAUAUGAACCUGGUUCAAUAAAAACAUUUUUUAUUAUGAAUAUGUAGGUAAAUAAAACGGGAAAAGAAACAAAACCAAAAUGUUUUAUUUUUAAUUUCUUUUUAAAAAAAUGAAAUACCAUCUCCGCAAAAAAAUUGAUCUAUAAAAUUUGAAUUUUAUAAAAUAAAAUAUAUUUAUUAAUUAUUUUCAUCUUAUUAUUUUUAUGUAUAAAAUAAUAAUAUUUCCAAACUAUCGAAUAUAAUUUAUUAUUAUUUUAUAUAAUAUAUCCUCCCUGUUUUUUUCAUUUAUAAAGAAGUCGUUUGCUCAAUCUGUUACUCUGAGACCCUUUUACCCUUACCGAUUAUUCCCCCUUUUCUUUACCCUUUCCCCCGUUCACAGUGAAUGCUAUAUUAUAUAUCUCAAAUACUAUUUGCAUUUAUAAAAUUUCGCUUAAAAAACUCAUUUUUUCCCAAAAAAUAAGAUAAAAUACAUAUUGAAAAAAACAUAAAAAAUAUUUAUAUUUGAUUUAUAAUGCUAAUUUUAAAUGUUUAGCCCUUUUAACUGAUCUUUUUUAUAAAAUGAAUAUUAUCUCUUAAAAAAGGUAUUACACAUAAUUAUUAUUUUUAUUCUAAUCAUAAUAAAACCUUAUGGUCUAAUUUUUGUCCUUCUAUAUAUAUUAAACCUGUAUUAGAUUUAAUUUUUUUAUAUUCGAUAUAUUAGAAGAUAAAAACAUUAAUGUAAAUUUACUUAAUAUAUACUAUGUAUAUUAUAUAUAUAUGUAUUAUAUAGUGGGGAAUAGGAUAUUUUGAGAUUAUCAUU